AUGUUCAACCAACUCUUUUCUCCAGAGUCUGUGCAGCUUGUGGAUGGAGCUGGCCUCUGCUCUGGGAGACUGGAGGUGAAGUCCAAUCAGUCCUGGGCCUCAGUGUGGAAGCUGACUUUGACCAGCAGGAUGCAGAGACAGAAAAACAAUACCUGCCUACCUGGUAAUGCUGUUGGACUCACCUGCUCAGAGCCUGAUGAUGUGAGGCUGGUGGGAGGAGGCAGUCGCUGUGCUGGUGGACUGGAGCGGUACGACCAGGGAGAGUGGAGGACUGUGGGAGCUGAAGGCAGGAACAAGGAGGCUGUAGCUGCAGUAGUGUGUAGACAGCUGUGUUGUGGCUCCACUGUUUCAGUACUACCUGGAAACACCACUAGAGGGUUUGGAGUUUACUGUUCUGGGUCUGAGCCUUCACUGAGGGACUGUGGGAGAUUGUAUCGUCUCCUUCCUGGACUCACAGUGAUCUGCUCAGAUCUCCUGGUCCAGCCUGAUAUCUUCCUGACUGACUCAAUGGGAGGGGUCUCCAGGGGCCACCAGGGGCCCGAAGUGUUUAGGGGCUACAACUUCACCAUCACCUGCUCCACUCAGCCAGAGUACCCAGGAGGCUCCUUCCUCCUCACGUUCACCGGCUCCAACAGAACCCAGACCCAGCCAGCUGUCAAUCACUCUGCUGCCUUCCUCUUCCCUGCUGCAGAUGACUCCCACCAAGGGAACUACAGCUGUGUUUAUGACAAUUAUGUUUUCUCUCAUAACUUCUCCUCUGAGAGUGAGCUCCUCAACCUCACCGUCACAGCCUCUCCUCUGCCAGCCUUCAUCAUCAGACACGUUGUAGUGCUGCUGAUCCUACUGACAGCCAUCACCACCAUCUACCUGUACUACAAGACCACCAGGAGGCAGAAGAGAGUGAACAGGGUGAGCAGCAUGGAUCUUUAUGUUGAUGCCAAUGCCAUGGAGAUGGUCUCUCUGAGCUCCAGAGCUGAAGCUGGACCGGGAGAGGAGAGAGCAGCCCAGGGGACUGAGUAGGAGUAGAAUGAUGCUGACCCUACAUGCUGAUCUUAGGUCAGUUUUGUGUUUUAAAUCUAUGGUCAGCAGUGGACUGGUGUUUAAAAUGUGGUGACAAACCUUAAGUGGUUCUAAUUUUAAUAACAUGUUCAGAAUUAGUUUAUCUUUCUAGAACCUUGGAAGAAAUCUAAAAGGAGUGACUGCAACCACCAUUAUUCCUUUUAGUUAGUUUUUUGCUACCAUGGUAACAUGGGGUUUGGGUAACAUGGGGUUUGGGUAACAUGGCGUUUUGGUAAC